AUGCCUCUAGUAGACCCCAGACUCCAGUGGUUCGAAGGGAGCCUCCGCCAACGCUUCGAGAACCACUGCCAGGUGCGAAUCCUGGAGCAAGUCACGGGUCUCACCCUCCGGGCUCCACGGAGGAAGCGCACGACCAGCGGGAGCCUCCCCAAAGGCCCCUCCCUCAGAGGAGCGUGGAACGCCGUAAUGGCAGCCACGCCCACCUCAAGGAACUGCGCCCCCUCAGGGACAGACCCACAGCCUCCACAGGGCGGAUCAAAGGUUAAAGACUCGGCCCUCCGCCUGAGACAGCAGGUCCCUCCUCAGAAGGACCUGCCACGGCGGGCCCUCCAGGAGCGAGAUUAUGUCCAAGAACCACACUCGGGCCGGCCAAAACAGUUAUCCAGCAGUGCACCCUUUCCAGAGUACCUGAAUUUGGCCCAUGCCAUUGUAGAAGUAGAGCUUUGUACCAAGCAGGAGGACUGGAGGCGGAUGGGGGAGGUUUUCAGGUCCAUCUGUCAAUCCAGCCAACAUCCCAACCAAGUGGAGCGAAUCAGCGGUCGCAUUGCCAUAGCGCUCCUGUCUGAGAGCAAAGACAAGCUGUCACUGCCCUUUGCUGCCUUCGCUGACACAAUGUGUCAGACUGAAAAUGAGGACAACCUGAUCAGGAGCUUUUUAGGCAGAAUUGGAGUCUCUCUCAUGUUGAGGUACCACAAAACGCAUCAAUGGGCCAAGGGUCGGAGGGUGGUGGAGGUGCUGUCCAUUGCAAAAAUCGAGUACUCCACACUGAAGGGUUUGUUUGGGAAUGAAGAUGGAGCCUCACGCUGCUACCUGGUCACUGUGGCUACUGAGCUCUUCCUCCUGAGCGGCAGCGUGGAGGGAGCUCUCAACACACUCCGAGAAAACAAAUGGUUCCUGAGUUCCCGCUCGUGGCCGUGUGAGCCUGCUGAUCUGGAGAGUAGGACUCGAGUUUUGAUACGUCUGGCUGAGAAAACCUCUCACAGAGACACGCUGGAUGUCCUCUGUAAUCUCCCUGGACUCAAAGAGCCGAAUGAGAUGGUCGAUGUCUCCAAGUACAGUCGUCUGUUUAACUCUCACCUGCAAGUGUGCGUGGACAGACAGACACUUCCUGUAGCUUCAGACACAGUGGACUUCAUGCUCUGUAAAAACCUGGCAGUUGACCACGCUAUGCUACAGAUACUUAUACACAAACUAGGCAAGCAGAACCUCUGGCUCAGGGCACGGGAAGUCUUCAGACACUCUGUAAGUGUGGGGUACUACCCGGGGGUGUCGGCUCCCCCUGGUUUCAUGUCACUGAUCGUCCCCUGUCGUCUUGGGGAGGUGGAGCUGGCUCUCACCUUUGAGAUGUUCAUCACUGUCAACGCAGCGGCCAUCCUCCACCUGUCAGAAACCACCACUUCCUGUCUCAGCAUCACUCUUAAAAGGACUCAAAGCUGCGAGAGCGAGUACCUCUCAGCUGGUAGCCGCCUCCUCUCUGCAGCUUGUAUCCCUCAGCCCAAACUAAUCAUUCACUACAACACAGCAGUGAACGCCUCACAAGAGCAAGUGUUCACACUUGACAUUUCCUCUGCUCGGUGCUGGCUCCGACACAAUCAUUUGUGGGCCAAUGAGGUGUGGACACACUGAACCGAGCAGUUAUUCCCCUGUGGCCCCCUUAAGUACGUUAACUUUCCUUUCCCUUCAUACCGCUUAUGUUACAAAGACAUCAGUUCACUCUGGGAUAAGGACAAAUGAAAUCAGGAAAAUGAACACAUGCUUUUCUGUGGGUUUUACGUUUGCUGUACUCAUGGUCAUAUUUCAAUUUAAUCUUUGGCUAAGAAGCAGAAAAUCACAACCAAAGACCGACGCCAGAACUUUACACAUGCUAGGUUUUCACAAAGUUAAUAACUUUGUACUUGUGUUCAAAUUUGUUUUAAAAUAUGUUAAAGGAUUUUUAUGUUAAUUCCUUGUUGUUUCCUGAGGAGUUCUUUUAGAUCAUUUGUCUUUAAUUUAUGUCACUCAGUGUUUGUGUGAUUUACUAUUUAACAAAGUAAGUCUGUUGGGGAACAGAGUCGAGCAUAAUUUGUAGGGUUGGUGUUCCAAGUAUUAUAUUUUGUUUAUAACAAAUGUAAAUAACAUCUGAGUGUAAAUAGGUAUGUAUUUAUAAUGGUAUUUAGUCUUUGACAGUAUUAUGUUACCAUAUUAUAUUACUGAUUGUCAAAACCUCAAUUGUUGCUAGUUCAAGAGCUGUGAUUUACAUUUUCUUUAUAUGAAGUUUUUAUAUAAAAAAAGUUGUUCUGCUCCAAAAA